AUGCGGGAGAUUCCUGAGGUGGAGCCUGGCGUGCACAGGGUACUCGAAGAUGACCCUGACAUUGUGUCAAAAUCUCUCAGAGAGCAGUUUAAGAAUCUACUCCUUCAACCGCUGCUCGGGCUUGACCAACUCAGCCAACAAUCUCGAACCACUGUGAUAGUGGUCGACGCUUUAGACGAAUGUGAGCAUGAUCCAGAUGUCCGAAACAUAAUCCGAUUACUGCCUCUUUUACAGAAGGCAAAAGCAGUCCGCAUCCGGAUCUUCUUGACCAGCAGGCCUGAACUCCCGAUCAAUCUCGGCUUUUCAGAGAUCACGGACCAUGAAUAUCAAGACAUAGCUCUUCAUGAGAUACCUGAAGAAUCGACAGCACAGGAUAUACAAUUAUUCCUGAAGGACCAAUUUGCGAAGAUCAGGCAAGAUAGAAAUAUUCCCACUAACUGGCCUGGCGAUGAUGUUAUCCAACAAUUGGUCGCGAUGUCCGUUCCAUUGUUCAUUUCAGCUGCCACUGUAUGCCGUUAUAUCGCAAAUUCUAGAUGGGAACCUAAAUCGCGUCUCGAAGAACUUCUAAAGGACCAAGCCAAAUAUGUAUCAAGAAUGGAUAAGACAUACAUGCCAAUCUUGACACGACUACUGGAUGAUCAGGAGAGUGACGAGGCAGAGCAGCAACAGCUCCUACAAGAGUUCCAGAAUAUUGUUGGUGUCAUCAUUCUUCUCGCUACUCCGUUUUCAGUGAAUACGCUGUCUGCCUUUCUUAGUAUAGGAGCCGACCAGAUCAGUAAUAGAUUGAAUUUGUUCCGAUCGGUUCUAAAGGGUUACGAUAGACAGGAUCAGCCUAUUGGGAUUCUACAUUUGUCAUUUCGAGACUUUUUGGUCCAAUCUCAUGGCAAAUUCGGAGUGGAGGAGCCAAAAAAACAUUGGGAAAUUGCUCUCUAUUGUCACAAAACUAUGCGAAGACGUCUUCAGAAAAAUGUCUGUAACUUCGAAAGCCCUGGCAUGCGUAGGGCAAACAUCGAUCCUCAAUCUCUCCGGCACUGUUUACCACCCGAACUCGAAUACUCCUGUCGUUACUGGGUUUACCAUCUCGAACACAGUGAAAUAUCAUCUCCUCGGAUACAACAUAUUCUGUCCUUCCUGCAGGAGCAUUUUUUGCACUGGGUAGAAGCAUUGAGCCUACUAGGCCUUGCAUCGGAAGUGGUAGGGAUGCUUAAUCUUCUCCAAAUGAUUAUAUCAUCAAUAAUUCGGAGAGAGUUCAAUGAAGAGUUUCCUGCUUGGAUUUCCCAGUUACCAAGAAUUGAGGAAAAUUGGAGUGCAGAAUUACAGACUCUUGAGGGCCAUUCGGAGGGGGUUCGAUCGGUCGCCUUCUCGCCUGAUGGUCGGCUGUUGGCGUCAGGCUCUUUAGAUAACACCGUGCGGCUCUGGGACUCAGUCACGGGUGAUCUGCAGCAGACUCUUGAGGGUCACUCAAGCGCGGUUCGAUCAAUCGCCUUCUCGCCUGAUGGCCGGUUGCUGGCGUCUGGCUCUGACGAUGACACUGUGCGGCUCUGGGACCCAGUGACAGGCGACUUACAGCAGACUCUUGAGGGUCACUCGGAGAUGGUUCGAUCGAUCGUCUUCUCACCUGAUGGCCGGUCGCUGGCGUCUGGCUCUUACGAUAAGACUGUGCGGCUCUGGGACCCAGUGACGGGUGAUCUGCAGCAGACUUUUAAGGGCCACUCGAGCUGGGUUGAAUCGAUCGUCUUCUCGCCUGAUGGCCGGCUGCUAGCGUCAGGCUCUUGGGAUAAGACUGUUCGGGUCUGGGACCCGGUGACAGGCGACUUACAGCAGACUCUUGAGGGUCACUCGGAGAGGGUUCGAUCGAUCGUCUUCUCGUCUGAUGGCCGGCUGCUGGCGUCUGGCUCUGUAGAUAACACCGUGCGGCUCUGGGACUCAGUCACGGGUGAUCUGCAGCAGACUCUUGAGGGUCACUCAAGCUCGGUUGAAUCGAUCGCUUUCUCGCCUGAUGACCGGCUGCUGGCGUCUGGCUCUUGGGAUAAGACUGUGCGGCUCUGGGACCCAGCGACGGGCGAUCUGCUGCAGACUCUUGAGGGCCACUCGAGCUCUGUUAAUUCGAUCGCCUUCUCGCCUGCUGGCCGAUCGCUAGCGUCAGGCUCUUUAGAUAACACCAUGCGGCUCUGGGACUCAGUCACGGGUGAUCUGCAGCAGACUCUUGAGGGCCACUCAAGCUCGGUUCGAUCGAUCGUCUUCUCGUCUGAUGGCCGGCUGCUGGCGUCUGGAUCUGACGAUAAGACUGUGCGGCUCUGGGACCCAGUGACGGGUGAUUUACAGCAUACUCUUGAGGGCCACUCGAGCUCGGUUGGAUCGAUCGCCUUCUCGCCUGAUGGCCGGCUGCUAGCGUCUGGCUCUUGGGAUAGAACUGUACGGCUCUGGGAUCCAGUGACAGGCGAUUUACAGCAGACUCUUAAGGGCCACUCAGACUGGAUUGAAUUAGUCGUCUUUUCGUCUGAUAGCCGGCUGUUGGCGUCAGGCUCUUUAGAUAACACCGUGCGGCUCUGGGACUCAGUCACGGGUGAUCUACAACAGACUCUUAAGGGUCACUCAAGCUCAGUUCGAUCAAUCGCCUUCUCACCUGAUAGCCGGUUGCUGGCGUCUGGCUCUGACGAUGACACUGUGCGGCUCUGGGACUUAGUGACAGGCGACCUGCAGCAGACUCUUGAGGGUCACUCAAGCUCGGUUGCAUCAAUCGCCUUCUCGUCUGAUGGCCGGCUGCUGGCGUCUGGCUCUUACGAUAAAACCGUGCGGCUCUGGGACUCAGUCACGGGCGACCUGCAGCAAACUCUUACCACGCAUGCACUUGUCCACGAUCUCGAGUUCUCGCAGGAUGGUUCAUAUGUAACCACCAACCUAGGCACCAUUGUCGUUCAGCCCGGCCACGAAAAUGACGUUUCUCAUUCGACCCAUACGCGUCUGCCAAUCCUCAUUGAGCAGCAACAAUGGAUCAGCCUAGACCGCAAAGAUGUACUAUGGCUUCCUCCUAACUUUCGGCCUAGCUGUUCCGCGAAAGAAUUGCCUGGGAGAGAAACGAAAUAUAUAUCAGAAUUCCUGUUAACAGAAUGUUCUACCGGGUUCCACGAGGCUCCAAAGCCACAGCUCUAUAUUGCUGAGUCGGUGACUCGACCAGGCCUGGUCUACGCAGCAGGAAAGGAUGCAGUACCCGGCCAACCCCUCUAA